CUGUCUGUCAGCGACUCUCGGGCACCCCCGACACUGGCCACCCAGCGUCCAAGGUCGUCCUCCAGCAUGCCGGUCGCCCCCCCUUGAACCGACCCCCAUCGUUCGACACCAUGCACCCGUCCGCCAGCGUGUACACCAACCUGGCACUGCGGCUCUAUGACCUAGUCGUCCUCAUCAUCUCGAACACCUUUGCCUGGCGCUGCCCCACGCGCGCGACACAGCUGCCCUUCUACCAAAAACACAUCGGCGAGCACGCGCAUCUCGAAAUUGGGGUCGGCACGGGGUACUACCCCGCCGCGUCCGCGGCGCGGCUCUCGAAGCUCAAGCGAGUCACGCUCCUCGAUCUCAACGCGAACACACUUGGGUUCGCGCAGCACCGCCUCGUGCGCGCAGGGUACAAGGGAGAGGUGGGCGCGGUCGAGCAGAGCGUGUUUGACGCGCUGCCGCAGGAUCUGCACGCCCAGUACGACUCGAUUGCGCUCUUUUACCUCUUCCACUGCCUCCCUGGUUCGUUCCCAACGAAGGCGAAAGAGGUGUUCGCGCGCGUGGUGCCUGCGCUCGCGCCGGGCGGCGUCGUAUAUGGCACAACGAUCCUGGGCAAGGACGUGCGGCAUAACUGGUUUGGGGGGAAGCUCAUGGGGCUGUACAACGGGAAGGGCAUCUUUGGAAACGCGGGGGACAGCGAGGAGGGCCUGCGCGAGGCGCUGCGGGAUGCGUUCGAGGAGCACGAUCUGCGCGUCGAGGGCGUCGUGGCGCUGUUCUCUGCGCGAAAGCCGCGGAACGCAAGAAUCUGAUCUCGCCGAUGCGCCGUCGCGGCCCGCCGCUGGAAGGAGGUAGAUUCGUUGACCCAUGCAUCUGUGCUACGGGUGCUGUCUCCAUUGCAGAAUGCAGAAAGGCAGCGAUGUCAAUUCCACCUGGGUGCCGUGAUGCCGUUCUGGCACAUCCUCC